UAAGCACCUGCGUAGGUCCAAAAGGAAUUGAAACCUACCUCCGGAAGCCUUGCUUAUGUAUCUCUUAUUGUUGUCAGUUAUAAUUUUUUAAGAACAACUCGCAGUGUUUUUUAUUCACUCAGUAAAAGCAAAGCUUACCAGACUGUUGAAAAGAAGAGUAACGUGCUUGGGAUCUCAGCAUGUCAAACCAAUCCAAUUUCACCUUGUGCCUUUAUCAACUUUGGAUCUGUCUGCUGCUGGCAAAAUGUUCUUCACUGUGCAUUAUAAGACGUGAUGGAGCCUAUUGUAGCAUGAGUAAACUUGACCAAGUGCCAGAUUUACCACAUCAUAUAACUUAUGUGGAUCUAAGUCUAAAUUAUAUAAGUGAAAUUAGUGAGAAAUCCUUCUUUGGUUUAGAAGCUCUCCAAGUCAUUAUCAUGCAGCAACAAGAAAUAAGACUUUUGUUAAAGAGCAAUGCCUUCAGUGGAUUGUACAAUCUGACAAAGCUUGAUCUAAGCUACAACCACUUCCUACAACUGGAUAUGGGAACAUUCAAUGGCUUGUUGAACCUUCAGACACUUAUACUCACACAGUGUAAUUUAAAUGGUUCUAUUCUCUCAGGUGACUACCUGAGACCUCUGGUUUCUCUGGAGAAACUUAUACUAUACGAUAAUGCUAUAAACAAAAUCCAGCCUGGUCUUUUCUUUGUCAACAUGAGCAAAUUUCAUUUGCUGGAUGUCUCCCGUAAUUGGAUUAACAGUAUAUGUGAGGCAGAUUUAUUUGGUUUUCAAGGCAGACAUUUUACUCUUCUUAAAUUAACUGACAUUAAAAUGCAUGAUAUGGAUGUGUUUUGGUCUAAAUGGGAUGAGUGUGGAAACCCAUUCAAGAAUAUGUCUAUGACUGUGCUUGAUUUGUCUCAGAAUACUUUCAGUGUUGACAUGGCAGUACUGUUCUUUAGAGCAAUCAGCGGAACCAAAAUUCACAGUCUCAUUCUCAAUAAAAGUUCUAGCAUGGGCAAAUCAGUAUGGUACCAAAAUCUAAAAGACCCAGAAAAAAAUACAUUCAAGGGCCUAGCAGACAGUGGCGUUAAGACUUUGGAUCUGAGUGGAGCUCGUAUUUUUGCUUUAAAAUAUUCAUUGUUUAGUUAUAUGCGAGAUUUGGAACAAAUCUCAGUGGCUUCUAAUUCAAUCAACUAUAUUGAAACUAACACAUUUUUAGGAGUGCCACAUUUAAAAAUGCUUAACCUAUCAUACAACCUCCUGGAUAAAAUUUAUUCUACAACAUUUGACAAUUUACCAAACCUUGAGAUCCUUGAUUUAUCUUACAAUAAUAUAAGAUCACUUAUGCCAGGUUCAUUUAAAGGUCUUCCAAAUCUGUUUUGCUUGAACCUAACAGAAAAUUCCUUACAGCAUGUAUAUGAAAUGGCAAUACUCCCAAACCUUAAAGUGCUUCUCUUGGCAAACAACAAAAUUAUUUCAUUGUAUCAUCUUUCAAGCAUUGCAAGAAAUGUCACAGAAAUUCAUCUGGAGUUUAACAGAUUACAGAAUGCUGAGCAUCUGUACAUUAUUAUAGUGAAUUUUCCUAGAAUUGAAAAGAUCUACAUUGCAUGCAAUGUUUUUUUAUUGUGUGAACAUAAUAAGAACUAUGUAGUGUCACCCUCAAACAGUUUACAAGUCCUUGAUCUGUCUGUGACUGGCUUGCAUAACAACUGGUCAAAAAGAAAGUGUCUUGGUGUGUUUGACAACCUUCACCAGUUACACACUCUCUAUCUUCAGCAUAACUAUAUGUCUUCACUCCCAAUAAAUAUUUUUAAGGGACUCACUUCUUUAGUUUUAUUAGAUUUAUCUUUCAACUUCUUGACACAUUUACCAAAUGGAAUAUUUCCUCAAAGUCUGAGAAUACUUAACCUGGCCUACAAUCGUCUUGGUUCCGUUGACCCACAUGCCUUUAGUACUCUAACCGUAAUCAAUAUGUACGGGAACCAUUUCUUUUGCGACUGCGACCUCAGAGGCUUACAAACAUGGAUAAAUCAGACAAAUGUAAUGUUUUUUACCCCUAUUGAGAAUUUGACAUGUGAGUUUCCUAAGCAGCAGUAUGGCAUUCCUCUUGUGCAAUCUGUACUGUGUGAUGAUGAGAAGGAUGAAGAGAUAGCUGAGAAUUUAAGGUUCAUAUUCUUCAUCUGCUGCACAGCACUUAUUGUGUUUAGCACCACUGGUGCUAUCCUUUUUGUGUGUAUGCGUGGCUACUGCUUCAAGCUUUACAGAAAUGCGAUGACAUUUGUGGGUGGAAAGAAAACAUUACCUGGUAAUGAUGGCUUCUUGUAUGAUGCCUAUCUGUGCUUCAGUUCAAAAGACAUCAGAUGGGUGGAGAAGGCACUAUUGAGGAACCUAGACACACAGUUCUCAGAUCAGAAUAUUUUCCACUGCUGUGUUGAGGCACGAGACUUCAUGCCAGGGGAAGACCAUUUAUCCAACAUGCAUAACGCAGUCUGGAAGAGUAGGAAAACAUUGUGUGUGGUGUCCAGAGAGUUCCUGACCGAUGGCUGGUGCUUAGAGGCCUUCACUCUGGCCCAGACUAAAAUGCUACAGGAGGUCAGAGAUGUCUUGGUAGUGCUUCUUGUGGAAGACAUACCACAAUACAAGCUGAUGAAGCAUGAAGCAAUCAGAACCUACAUUCAGACCAGGAAAUAUCUCAAAUGGCCAGAGGACAACCAAGACAUGGAAUGGUUCUUCAGCCAUCUCACACAGAGUCUACUAAAAGACACAAAAGUUAAACACAAGAAACAAAAUGUUGAAACAACCCACAAUGUGCCAGGUCAUGAAACAGUUACCACGGUUUAAUACAGGGGUACUUGCAUCAAUGAAAGUGUUUGCUGAAAAAUUUUACAUCAGCAGAAAUCAUUUACAAAUAUAUGUGAAACAUAUUUUCUAUGUUAGUAAUGUUUUUUAACUAUAUUGUGCUAGUAAUAUACAUCUUUGGUGAGGUCUUUAUUUCUGUUUAAAUAAUUUGUAUUUGUCUUUUGAAUGAUUAAACUAAAAGUGUUAAUUUGCAAAAAGCAGUCAAAACCUAAAACAUUUUGUUAAAUUUGACAUGUAUACUGUUUACAUUUCCCAAGAACCCCAUGGAAAUCCUAAUGUACAGAUACCAACAAUAAA